UAUUAGAGAUGGAGAUGGGGUUUGGAGUGAGAACCGAAGCAUCUUUUGCUAAGGAUGAUGUGGCAACUUUCGAUGGAUCAGAAGUAUUGGGGGAUGAAGAUAACAACAUGCCUAUGGUUAUCUAUGAUACCGAGGAGGUAGGAAUUAAUUCAGUAGAAACUGAUAAGAGAGAACUUCAUCAGGGCAGCUGCUCUUCUGAGCAAAUUACAUUAUUUGAAGAUCCUCUUCUUCUUCAAAGUAAUGAUAGUCUCUCAGAACAAGAAAUUGAAGACAAAGCUUCACUUUGGGUACAAUCCAAUGUACUUAAACUCACCCAACUCUUUAGGGUUGCUUUUGAAGGAUGUGAUAAGGUGGCUUUUGAUCUAUUUUUGAGAAUUGAUCAAAAGAGGGGGGAAUUGAGGCAGAAGAAAGUGGAGACAACACCAAUCAAAGCAAAGAACACAAUCCCAAAGAAGAUGAAACGAGAAUAAACCUAAACUAAAAGAAAUAUGGAAUUCCAUGUUAAGUUUAAAGAAGGGGAGUCAAGAAACAGGGGGAGAAUAACAAACACAAAUCUCCAAUGAAAGUCAAAAUCCCUUCUUGGAAUGUAA